GCUUUUAAGCCAUCAAUUCCUCAUCACACAAUCCUCAUACCAUCAUCCAGACAGUUAGAAAUUUCACAAACCACAUUCUCUCUGUCUCAGUAGCCAAAUAUGGCAGCUGAGAUGGCCCUGAGAAUAAGAUCAUCUUCUACUGCCACUGCAAGACUCUCUCUUCCCUCUUCUUCAUCAACAUCUUCUUCUUCACCAUCAAAAGCUUUAAGACCCAUCUCUGUAUCACUUCCUACAUCAACCACUAUAUCUUUCCUGGCCGUCUUCUCUUCUCCUCCUCAAGAAGCAAAAGCUCUCUCUCUUUCCAAAGAUCAGAUUGUCUCCUCUCUCAAUGAUGUGGAGAAGACAAUCGAUCAGGUUCAAGAAGUUGGGUCAGGUUUCUUGGACACUGCUCAGCGUGUAUUUGGAAUCGUUAGUGAUGCUUUGAAGCCAGGCAUAGAUAAGGCAUUGCCAAUUGUAAAGCAAGUUGGAGAUGAAGCAUUGAAGAUUGCUUCUCCUGCUAUUUCAGAGGCUUCAAGGAAAGCCCAAGAAGCUGUUCAAAACAUUGGCAUUGACACACAGCCAGUUGUUAGUGCUGCUAAGACAGCGGCUGAUGCUGCUCAACAGACAACAAAGGUAAUUGAAGAUGUGAAACCUGUAGCUUCUUCAACUGUUGAAACCAUUUUGUCAGCAGACCCGGUGGUGAUUGUGGGAACUGCAGGAGCAAUAUUCCUUGCAUACCUGCUCUUUCCUCCAGUAUGGUCCGCCCUCUCAUUUAGCCUCCGUGGUUAUCAAGGUGAGCUAACUCCUGCUCAAACCCUCGAUCUAAUAACUACAAGAAAUCAUGUUAUGAUUGAUAUUCGUUCGGAGAAAGACAAGGACAAGACUGGUAUUCCCCGUCUUCCUUCCAGUGCUAAGAACAAGAUGAUUGCAAUUCCUUUGGAAGAACUACCAAGCAAGUUGAGAGGCCUUGUAAGAAAUGUGAAGAAAGUAGAAGCUGAAAUAGCAGCUAUAAAGAUUUCAUAUCUCAAGAAAAUUAACAAAGGCACCAACAUUAUUAUUUUGGACUCGUACUCUGAUUCUGCAAAAUUAGUUGCUAGAGCACUAACAAGUCUUGGCUUCAAGAAUUGCUGGAUUGUAGCAGAUGGAUUUUCAGGAAGCAGAGGAUGGUUACAGAGUCGAUUAGGAACAGAUUCAUACAAUCUAUCUUUCGCCCAGGUUCUGUCACCGUCCCGAAUAAUUCCUGCAGCAGCUAGACGUUUUGGAACAACAGGCACAAAGUUGCUUCCCGGUGCUGAUUAAGAUAUUUUUUUGCCUCAUCCGAUGCAGAAAUGCUUGAAUGUGCAUUCUCUGUUAAGAGUAGCCCUCAAGAUUGUAAUCUGCAUUGUAAUUUUUUUGUCAGUGCUAGUAAAUUGAUUUUUGUUCCCUUGUGUAA